CCUUUCUUUCUCUCUCCUCCAUUUGCAAACCCUCUUGUUGAUGUGAUUCUCCACUACAUCUCCAAAACCCCAUCAACCUUUACAAAAGAAAACCAAGAACAAUGGUUUUUUCCUCCAUUCCAGCUUAUCUUGAUCCAUCCAACUGGCAACAGCAACCAACUCAUCAAACCGGAAAUAACAGCAUCAAUCCUCAAUUUCCACUGCCACCACCACAGUCACAACCCCCGCCGCCACCACCUCCACCGCCUCAUGUGGGUGGUGGCCCGGGAUCAGCCUCAAUCAGGCCUGGCUCGAUGGCUGAUCGAGCCAGGAUGGCCAACAUACCGAUGCCAGACACAGCCCUUAAGUGUCCCCGGUGCGAAUCAACCAACACAAAGUUUUGUUAUUUCAAUAACUACAGUCUCUCGCAGCCUCGACACUUUUGCAAGGCCUGUAGAAGGUACUGGACUAGAGGUGGUGCUCUGAGAAGCGUUCCGGUGGGAGGCGGUUGCCGGAGAAACAAAAGAAGCAAAGCAAGUAGUUCAAAAUCUCCUGUAAGUAGUGAUCGGCAAACCGCUUCUGGUUCCGCCAGCAUGGUUUCUUCUAGCAGUGGAGCUGCUAAUAUGUUAGGCCUCACACCUCAAAUCCAAUCCCUACGCUACAUGGCUCCUUUCGGUCAGUUUUCCGACUAUGCUGGUGCAGGUGACAUAGGCUUGAACUACAGUGGCAUUUCACCAUCAGUCGCCGCCACAAGCGAGAUGAAUUUUCAGAUGGGUGCUAAUUUCCUUGGUGGCGGAGGUGGUGGCGGUGGUGUUGCUUCUCUUUUUUCCACCGGAGGUAUUGAGCAGUGGCGAUUGCAGCAGCCACAACAAUUUCCUUUCAUGGGUGGCUUCGACCCGUCACCGGGGCUAUUCCCAUUCCAAGGUGGUGGUGAGACAUCAGGUUAUGGUGGCGAAACCAGUCAGGUCCGGCCGAAAUGGACUGCUUCUAUGCUUUCCCAGUUGACUUCAGUGAAAACGGAAGGUAAUCAAGAGUCUAAUUUAUCAAGGCAAUUCAUGGGAAUUCCUGGAAAUGAUCAGUGGAGUGGUAGUGCUUGGACAGAUCUUUCAAGUUUUAGCUCUUCUUCCACCAGUAAUCCCUUAUAAAAUCUCUCUUGUGGCCUCCAAACUCCCAUAGUGAAGCUCAGAAUUUUGGCACUAAAGCUUCAUCCCAGUUGGGUCAGGAUCGAUGGGAAAGUUUUCAGAAAAGGACCAAGGACUUUGUCUUUCUAAGAUCGACUGAAAACCCUAGAAAUGGUAGGUUUCAUGUGUUUCAGUUGUUUUUAUUUGUACCUUUUUUUUGUAAUGACUCAGAUUAUUAACAGACAUGAGUGUUUUAACUUCGUGUAGCAUUAUCUUAGAGAUGGAGGUCUAAUUAGUCUGCAGAACUGAUAAAAUUUGAGCUUACUGACUUCAUUGAAAUUAUAUCCAAAGUCCAAUCAACCCUUUGGGUGAUAGGCAUUGUUAAAAGUAUUGUGUGAAGGU